CCUCUCGCACACACACACACACACACACACACACACACACAGACACGUGCUGCGGGGAAGAUCUGAGUGCUGGGUCGCUGAGCAUUCAGAUCCCCUCCCCUUCUUCUUCCUUCUGCCUCUCUCUCUUUCACUCUCACUCCCUCUCCCUGUUCACCUUGUCUGUUCCGGCUGUAUGGUUUAUCGUUGCGUCAGAGCCAAAGGGAGCCAGCGAGCAGCAUGCCCGGGGAGAGCACUCACAGAUCUGUCCCCGUCAACAAGCAUCCAGAGCAUGGGGCCGAGGAACCAGGGCUCCCUGGACCAGACAUGACCAGACACCCAUCCACAGACUCCACACCGAGUGACAGUGGCUCCUCGCCGAGUGACAGUGGUUCGAGUCCCUCCCCCAGUACGCCGCAGAAGCGACUCCCAGCAUGCACUUCUCCAUUUGGACCACGUCUAUUUCACGUGACGCCAAGCUCUUCUGGUUCUCAAAGACCUCAACCUGAGGGCUCUGAUUACCGCAACCACAACACAAAAAGAUUGUCCGGAAAAUUAGGUGGCCAUGGUCCGUGUGGCCGCCAUGUCCCUGUCAAAAUGGAGAGAAUCAAGGUCCUGACCGGCUCUGAGGUGGAGAGUGACUAUCAAGAAGAGCAGACCAUUGACACCCGGGUUGUGAUGGGUCAGGAGACUCUGCUCAAAACCACAGAGGCCCAGAAAGAGAAUCCUCUGGGAACAAGUGGUCAGGCUAUCCCUUUACCUUACAUCCCGAGCUUUCCUGAGCCUCAGACACAAGCAAAAGAGACUCUGCUGGAAAUCAGCAAAGAGGAAAGCAAACCCCAGAGUCCUCAAAAACAACCCGAGGAGCCCCCAGUCACGUUCCCAUCAUCUCUUCACAGCCCGCUGUUCCCUUCCUCAUCUUCCUCAGAGCUGGUCACAGCAGGCAACAGUCUGACAGAAAAGGAAGAGGGUCAAACCCUCUCUCAGGAUGAAGUGCCUUCCCCCUCCUCUUUUUCCGAGCUAUCCUGUUCAGUUGCUUUAUCCUUCUCUGAGCCGACGUACGUUGUUGACCCACUCCGAGUGGGCGUUCCCUCCGCUCUCGACCCAGACCUUUAUUAUACCGCCCCUUCUACGCCAAUCAAGAUGGCUUCUCGCUCCUCGCACCUUAAACAUCAUUCCUAUCCCGGUUCCCCAGCCUGCCCUCUUUCUCCUGGCUCUCCGUCUGACAGCGAGGACCUGUGCUCCCCUCUGACCUCUCCUUCUGGUUCUUAUAUUACAGCAGAGGGAGGCAGCUGGGCCUCUUCUUAUACAUCUUCCACUUCUCCCUCCGCUUCCCCCAAUCUGCUCCUCACAGAGGAAAACCCCGAAGCUCCUGCUUGUUUUGUGGGCUCUCUAUCAGAGAUAGGGGAUGAAGACGGAGAGGAAAAGGGCAGAUCGAGUGCAGAGCGGGAGGAGGAAAGAGCAGGGAAUUUCUGCCUGUACCACCCUGAGGAUUUUGCUAUGACUUCCCGGAUAGGAAUAACCGAUUCAGUGAUCCUUGAGGAAGAAGAGGUUCGACAAGGGGAAGAGAUCAGUAUUUCCAGGGAAAGUUGUCGUCCAUUCUGGGUGACAGAGGAUAGGUCCCCUCUGAGGAGCAGUUGCAGCAGUGACUCCCAGGAGGACGGCGGAGAGUCUGAAAGUUCUCUCUGUCCACUGGAGGAAGCUGCUUCAGGGAGAACGGAAUAUCCUGGACCUGUAGAGACAGGCUUGAGACUGCAACUGAAAGCUUGCAUACCAGAAGAACAUUACGGACAGAUCGAUGCUCAUCAAGAACUUCCCUCCACAACACUGACUCCUGACUCGGAGAGCAUAACAAUGGCUGCAUCUGGCCUUAGCCCUGAGUCAAAUGUCCUCCCUCUGGAUGCCUUCUGCUCUGGUGCCUUUGAUAGGCUUGGCCCAAGUUCUUUCAUACUCUCCCAAGCAGCUUGUGCUGAUGCUAUACCAGAGGAGGAAAGGAUGAUCCCCGCUUCCCUCAUCUCCUUUCCUCUCCACACCAGCCUCAUCUUUAAGGCUGAUUCAAUGGAAAUCACCCUCUUUCCAACAGAGGACGAAAAUGAAAUAGACGUUCAUGACAGUCGUGAAGGGAAGGAUGUGGAUGCAUAUGCAGCCGGGGAGGAGGAGGCAGAUGUGGAAGAUGACGACGACGACGAUGAUGAGGAUGAUGAUGAUUAUGAUUAUGAUGAUGAUGAGGACGAUGAGGAUGAUGAUGAAGGAAAUGUAAAUGCCAAUGGUGGUGCUGACAGCGAUGAAGAGGAGAAAACUAAAAAAGAGGACACUGAUGAUCACGAUGAGGCGGGUCAGGAAGGCAAAGUAGAGGUGAAAGUUGUAGAAGAAGUGGAAGAGCAGGAAGAGGAUGAUGAUGAUGACGACGAUGACGACGAUGAUGACGAUGACGACGAUGAUGACGAAUGUGACAGCAAAGCUGUCGAUGAUGCCACAGAUGAAGACAGCUCAGCAUCGUUUCUUCCUUCACUUUCAGAAACAUCUAUUAAUGAGGGUUUGGAUGAGUCUUUCUGCUUCCAAGAUGAUACUGAUGACUCCCUAGAUUCUGCAUCAUAUAAUGGGGAGGAAGACGAACGUUUAUACAGCACAGAGAGGCAUGCACAAUCACUGGAACCAACCGUGGAAAAUGGAUAUGAUCUGAGUGAAGCCAAGUCAGGAGCUGAACAGGGGUCCACCCUUCCUACAGCUCAAACUGAACCUUCGCACACACAACUAAACAUGGACGAAGAAAUAACAGGUCCUUCAGAAGUCACUGCUGAACAGCCCAGAAGCAGCAGUGUGGAACCCAAACCUCAAGAUGGACCUAAGAAUCAUGAAUCUCAAUCAGGCUGUGAAGGAGAAUCCCCCAACGAGGCCAGUCACACAAAAUCUGUGGAUAUGCAAGCAGGGCAAGACGAACCAGUGGAUCAGGACAAACUUUCUGGUCCAUCACAGGGGAAGUCUUGUCAACCAGAACCUCAAAGCAACCCGCACAACUAUAGAAAAGAAAGCGAGACAAUAGAUCAGGGUCCUUGUACAAACACUCCUGAAGAGCCCAAGAAAAGUCUUUGUGUUACCUUUCCUACUACACCUGCAGUCAUUCCUGCGUCAGCGGAUCCUGAUCCUGAGCCCCACACUCUUCCUUCCUUUGACCCUUCUGUACAGGACACGGCAGGCCCGAAGAGCUCACUCCCCUUACAAGAAGUGUCAGAGGAAAACCGCCUGCGCUGUGGGUUUUCAGGAGAUGAACCCACAAAAAAACCUGAGAGGGACUCGUACAAAUUGCUCAUAAAGCCACGUCAUUACCACUCUGAAAGUCAAAGAGCAGUCGGAGCAAGUAGAGUAGCUUUAUCUAAGGCUUUCUCAACUAAAUAUGAUGUGCAAAUUGGGGCAGAGUCAAGUUUUCACACCGACGUGGAGUUCGAACAGAAGAGUGGGUCUGAUCCAGUUGAGUGUCGAAUCACUGAAUCCGGUCCCUCUUUAAAAAUGGUCACAGCUACAAAUGACUUGAAUAAAGGGGUUCUUCUUCUGUCUUGCCCUAAAGAUCCUAGUCCCAACCUCAGCAACAUCCCUAUUUCUGCGACUCCAGAAGUGAUUUCAGAACUUGCUGACAAUCUCAUCUUGACCUCUGAACAAUGUCCUGUUGACUGUGCUCAGGAGAACCUGAGGGAAAACACCCUGAGUACCGAUGAGGGGGCGCUAGGAGCUGUUGGAUCCCCACACUCGCCCCUUGCCAUUUCACCAAAAAGGGAAAACUCUGAAACAGAAACAAGCAGAGAGAUGGGCCCUAUAGCCGGGGCAUGGUGUGACACCAGGAUGGGACUGGGGUUCAGUCUCGGGUUGGGUUCAGGGUCUGAAUUUGGCGUGUGGGGGGCAGGUGAAUCUCUCUCACUUUCCAUGGGGAAGAGAUACAACUUAGAAGCAGAGAGCCUGCUCAUAUGUGACGCAGAGGGCCAGAGCUCACAGACAGCUAUGGUUCCCAGUGAAGAGUGCAAAAACUAUGAUAAUGUUUUGAGUUCUAUUUUGAUGAAGCAGAUGACAACAGUCUGCAUGGAGAGAAGGACCGAAGGGCUGACGAUGAUUUGGUAGGAGAGGGAACUGGCGAGUCCAAUUUGGCCCGUUGGAAGUCUAUUGAGGAGAUUUCAGAAGCAGGAGGAGGAGAGGAUGGAAGUUCCAGAUUUCCAGAGGAUGAUGUUAGCAAUCUGAAUCCAGACAAUGAAUUAGAAAACACUGACACACAAAUGCAAGAUGCUUGGAGCAGUUCUAACAACAACAAUGACUCUACUUUUAACUCCUUGGAAGUAAGCUUGUAUGGAAGCCUCAAUGCUCUGUCAGAGGAAGUAAGACACCAGAGUGUGAGCGUCAACGUUAGAGAGUCUGUAUCCAAUAUUCCACUUGAAGAGAUGCCAACUCAUGUUUCAGAUGCAGUUCCUGAUGAAGGACAGGAACCAACAGAGAGCUCCAAAAAUCAAACGUCAGAAGCAAGGCAAACACUGUUCUCUGAGGAUGUCUGUGGCACCUCAGCUGAAACUGAAAUAAACGACGAUUCACCAGAAAAAGCUGAGUCAAAAUGUCAUACGAGUAUAGAAUGCCAGCCAGUCAGUCCAGAGAGUGGAAUGUUUUCUUUGCUACAGGGAUCCUUUGGAUCCUUCACUCCUACAUGCAAACCUGAUUACAGCCAACAAAGAAGAGCUUCUGAAGACAAAGUUAAAAAUGUUUGUCAGUCAGAGACAGUGAUGGUGAAGCCUCAGACGGAAGGCCAAAG